AAAAUAAUUUGCAAGCGUGACGUCAUUUGGAAAGCAACGUCAAUCAUUAGCAUGUGCUUAUAUAUAUGUGUGUGUGUGCAGUAACGAGAGUCUUGCAGCUCCAGCAGCAGCAGCAGCAGAAGCGUUCAGCUAUAAGCCUACAAACCUGCAAAGUAUCCGUGGAAAGAAAAAAAAGCAUCAGUAGAAUCAGACAUAACCAGGUACCUUGGGGAGAGGGGGGGGGGGUUGCUGUUAGUUCAGUCAUUAUACGGAAUCUCUGAGCUGCCAGCGCUUUUUCACAGCGCUAUUUAUAGAGUCGAUGCUCUACACGCACACAUCGGCGUCACGAGAGAUGACCGACCAGUGGCUGGACACGUGGGUGUAUAUAUGUCUGUGUGUGUGUGUUCGCGUGCCGCCUUUUGCCGCUGUCACUUUCUUGCGCGCAGUUCUGCGUUGGAGUGAAGCCCGCUGUGGUGGUGGUGGCAGCAACGUUGAAAGAAGAUUCGACGGCCCCCCUCCCCCCCAUUCAUCAUCGAGCACCACCGCCACCAUCGUCAUAUUGGUGUGUCUAUGUAUAGCCCUUACAUGUAUGCGAUUCGCGGAGAGAUUCGUUCAGUAACACGCCAAGGAGGACGCUUGACGCUCUUAAAAUGCUGCGGUAUUUUUGUUUUAUUCAAUGUGUUUUUAAAAGUUUAGCUCACUUUAUACGCGAUUAUAUAUCGGCAUAGAAAUCUCAGUUUUCUCGCAGUGCGAUUUUAAAUAAUAUCACAGCGUAUUAAUAUAUUUAGGGUUGUAUUAUUUAUUAUUACAAAGUAGCGCACAGCAGACACACGCUAAGUUACUUGAAUGGAUAACAUCCCGUGGGCUAGGACCGAAGCCUCCAGUCGGUUUCGAAGACGGGCCAAAUAAGAGCGACAACAUGUUUGUGACUCACGAAAACUCAACCUCACAUCUGAAUGGGACUUCGGAAGGCAUCGGCAGCAGCAACGUGACGAGUCCGGCCGUGGAGCCGAGAAGAGCUGUCACCUUGGCGCUGGUCCUCGGCGCAUUCAUCAUCUUUGCCAUCGCAGGCAACAUCCUGGUGGUCCUCUCCGUGGUCUGCAACAAACACCUGCGCACCGUCACCAACUACUUCAUCAUCAACCUGGCGAGCGCCGACCUCCUGCUCAGCACCACCGUGUUGCCAUUCUCGGCCACCUUCGAGAUACUGGGCUACUGGGUCUUCGGACGGAUCUUCUGUGACAUCUGGGCAGCGCUAGACGUCCUGUGCUGCACCGCCUCCAUCAUGAGUCUGUGCGCCAUCUCCAUCGACCGCUACAUAGGGGUCAGCUACCCGCUGCGCUACCCGACCAUCAUGACCGAACGCCGGGUGCUGCUCAUCCUCAUAGCCGUGUGGGUGCUCGCCAUCGUCAUCUCGGUGGGGCCCCUGCUCGGCUGGAAGGAGCCGGCGCCACCAGAUGAGACCGUCUGCGAGAUCACGGAGGUGCCAGGCUACGCGCUCUUCUCGGCCAUGGGCUCCUUCUACAUUCCGCUCGUCAUCCUGCUGGCCAUGUACUGCCGGGUGUACGUCGCGGCGCGUCGGCAGACCAAGAGCCUCGAAGAGGGCAUCAAGCGGGAGCGCUCGAGCUCCUCCGAAGAGGUCACCCUGCGCAUACACAGGAGGACGAUCACUCCGGGGGAAGACUCGCUCAGGGACACCAGCAAGGGCCCUCACUUCAGGAGCUCCUUGUCCGUGCGGUUCAUGAAGUUCUCCCGGGAGAAGAAGGCGGCGAAGACACUCGGGAUCGUCGUGGGAGUCUUCAUUCUCUGCUGGCUCCCAUUCUUCAUUGCUCUGCCCAUCGGUUCAUUCUUCCCCUCGGUGAGGCCAUCGCAGACCGUGUUCAAGGUGGUCUUCUGGCUCGGCUACUUCAACAGCUGCAUCAACCCGCUCAUCUACCCGUGCUCGAGCCAGGAGUUCAAGAGGGCCUUCCUGCGCGCCCUGCGCUGCCACUGCCGGGAAGGGCAGCGGCGGCGGAGGCAGCCGUGGGGUCUCCACCACGCGUCGUCGUCGGGCAGCAGCUACAGCGGCGGUCGCAAGGGCAGCUCCCACCUCUCCCAGCUCCACGAGGUCCACGGGGGAUACAGCCCAGACGGCCUCUGCGAGAGGAGCCGGAGCCCCGAUGAACCGUCGCCGAACUCGCAGGACAGCCUCAGAGGCUGGAGGUUGCUCAGCACCUCGAAGGCCCUCAGCGGCACCGCGCUGAUACUGGAGCGGGCCAAUUCUCCGCAGCCCGAGACGUAAUGCUGAACGAAUUUCCGUUGAGCGAUUGUACCGCGUAAGUAUAAUCCGAAACGUCGUAUGUGCUGUAUAUCUAUAAUAUAUAUUAAUUGUGAAUGUAUAUAUUGUUAUUAAUAUUAUUAUGGUAAUGUGUUUUAUAGGUCACGAAGCGUAAUUAAAUUAUUGAAAAAAUACAACCCGAUGUGGGGAAAAAAUACAUUCCAAACUAAAGGCAUAUGUCAACGAUACGUCUUUGGACCACGUUUAAGUGGCAGCUGUCGCAUUUUCUCCUGGUCUGUAACGUUUACAACCUAAAGUAGCCUACAUAUGAAGAUGAUGUCGAUUGUGUGUUGGAGUGAGAACUAUAGGCCAUCAAUUCUCGUGCGAAUUAACACAAAACUGGACGCUAAAAACAGACGCCCUUGGGAUUGUCUUGUCGGUGUUAUUUUAAGGCCCCGACUGCAUUUUAAUUGGACGUUCAUUUGUGUAGCGUAUGCGAAAUAAGAUAUGAAAGAGAUUUUAUUAGUUUUCUUGUUUAACUGAGUCAAAGCAACUCGUCCAGAAUAAUAAUAAUUAAAAAACGAUGGUGCCCUCUUGUGGUCACACAUUGGUAUUGAAUUAAUUUUGUACCGUAUUUUUGAUUGUGCACCACGGUUGUUUUCAGUUUAUUUAUUUUGGUAUAGCCCUGUGAGCCAUUCGGCUCUUGAAUCGGGUGCGACCGCAACAAACAAAAAAACACGAACAUGAAAAACAUCUUAAAGUGACUAUGUGUGACUGUGCAAACAGAAAAUCCAGGAAAAAAAACAGCAAAAUAUUCCUGAAAAAAGCACCGUACACCAACGCCGUGUUUGCGGAUCGACGUUUUUGUUGUGGUCGCAAAGUGCAAAUUAUCCCUUUACUGUUAUUGUUUGAACUCACGACGACUUUAAAAGAAAACUACAAAUGGCAAUGUCAGUGAUCGCUUUACGUGAUGUUUACCGUGUAACACUCCAUGGCAUUAUAUGUACCUCCAAAAUGUACAAGCAUCGGUGUGCCUCGAUUUGAUAAACCGAUGUCAGACGUUGUGAAGUUGUUGAUAAGCCUGUAAGAUAUCAACUUUGUGAAUAUUGGAUGAAGUAAAACAAUAAAUAUGUACGUGUUGAAAAUAUAAAA